CCAAAGUACACAUCUUUGACUUUCUUCUCUUUCGGAAAGAUUGUAUUACUAACAACAAAGAUUUGACGUUUUAAGAUUGAGAAUUCGGUGUUAAGAAUCUUUCUUUAUGUUGGAGUCAUAAAUAUUCUAACACAACUUUAUAACUAUGGCAACAGAUGAAAGGACUACUUUUGUGAAGUUAGAGGCGUUGAAAGAAAUCAGAGCAAAAACACUGCAGUUGGAGAAAAUGAAAAUGAGAAUAAUUCAAGAGGUUGAAACAACAGAACAAGAAGAAAAAUGUUUGUCAGAGUACAAACAAGAAAUGGAUCUCCUUAUGCAAGAGAAAAUGGCACACGUUGAAGAGCUGAGACAGAUCCAUGCUGACAUAAAUGCGAUGGAAAACGUCAUAAAACAGUCUGAAGAGUGCCGCAAUCGUGCGCUUGACACUGCAAAGCGAAUUCACGAAGAAUAUAGACCUCUAAAACUAGAAAUUGACCGUAUGAGGCGUGAAUAUUUGGGCCUAGAAAGGCUACCAGAACUGCAUGAAGAGGAAGGGGAUUUAAUUACUCCUGAUUAUUUUGAGAAACAUUUCAAAACUGACUGGCGACCAGAAAUGAGGGAAGAGCCUACUUUGUCUGGUUUAGCACUGGCUCACCAGAGUGCUGCUUCUGCUUUUCUUGCACCAUCACAGCCACCUAUGCAGCUGGUACAGAGUAGUAAUAAACCAGAGCAACGUCCCAUGCCACCUGCUCCAGGUCCAGCACCAACUUUUAGGCAACAGCCUCCUCCUAUGAAGUCGUGCCUAUCCUGCCACCAGCAGAUUCAUCGAAAUGCACCCAUCUGUCCACUGUGCAAAGCUAAAUCACGAAGUCGCAAUCCAAAGAAACCAAAGAAGAAAGACUGAAUAAUUUUUAUGAAUUUUUACCUUCAGUGUUGUUAAAGUGUAUGCCAGUAUAUAAGUAGUGGGCACACUUUGAAUUCACUUUGCUGCUCAUUAGAGCAAAUAGUGUGUCCAGUAAUUAAAGUUCUGUAUGUGUUACAGAGGUUCAGGAAUUUCUGUGAAGAAAGAUCUGAUGACAAAUAACUGUGUGGAAUAAGUAUCAGUAUGUUUUGUACUUAGUGUUAGAAUUACUUUGAAAUGUAAGUUAUCACCUUAUAAAAGUUCUCUCACCUGAACACAUUUGAAAUAAUAUACUUUUCUUGUGUGUAAUGUA